UAUGAGUGCCGCUUCCACCUCGAACAUCGUCAUCUCGGAAGAUACACCAACGGAACAGGAGGAAAUUCGUAAAGCCUCCCGAAUGACGCUGAAAGAAGUGCAGAACGUCGUCAGCACGUUAAAGGAAAACGUUUACCCCGGCAAACAGCUGCUGGCACACGCGCCCGGCUUGAAAGAGCUGCCCGCGAUGGCGUCUACCGGCAAACCACCGCUCCCGACCGAACCGAAACGCUGCAAAAUGGUGGAAACGGCCGUUCAAACGACGCUCGACGAGGAACAGAAUCUAACAGGCCCAGCACCCAAGGACUCGUACUGGGCAAAGUUGGCUGAAAAGCGACGCCGCGCGCUUAGGGACACGCUCGACGAGAAUGCUCGCCUGCACAUGGAGCUGAGCGAAAAGGAAGAAGAGCUAGCCAACCUACGGAAUGUGGUCGAAUCGCUCAACAGUUUGGUCGAAACAAUGGUAGAAAUGUUGAACGAAACCGAAACACAAACGGCGACAUCAACGGACGAAACGGCCAAGGUGGACGAUAGCGGAAUCGCGCAUUCCCUGCUAGAUGACGGAACAGGGAACCAUUAG